GCGUUCAGUGCGUCGCGUGGUGCGUUCGAGGGACGUGUUGUGACGCUAUGACGGGCUCGACGCGAACGAGACCCGCGAUACUGCUCGUCGCGGGCCUCCUGCUGGGCCUCCUUCUAGCCGUGACCUUGCAGGGUGUGCAAGGCGAGGAGCUGGAAAAAGUACCCUCAGAGGACCAAUGUCGGCCUUACAUUGAGAAAGCUUUGAAGGAUUUGGGCACAGAAGGAUCUGAGGAGCAGACGGAAGAUGCGGACGACGAGCACGACGAAGGGCCAGCGGAAGAAUCGGCCGCCGAUGCAAACGAAAACGACGAAGAAUCGGAGGAUGGCAGAGAGAAGCGAGACGCGCCUGGAGUCGAGGAUGACGACCAGAGCGACGAUGGGGACGGCGAGGCGGUCAGCGCGGAGGUGGAGGGCAGCGAGGAGCCGGUGCCGAUAGCCGAGGAGGACGAGGCCGGGUCCAAGGAGGCAGCCGAUCUAACCGAAGAGGACAAAUCGGAGGAGAAAGAGGGAGAGACUGAGGAGCAGGCCAUUGUAGAGGAGGAGGAGGAGGAGGUGGCGGUGGUCGAGGAGGAGGCAUCCGAAGAGGAGCAGAAGGAGGGCUCGGGGAAGAGCGGUGAAGACGAGGGCGAGCCCGAGGAAGAGAAGAGGGCCGAAGGGGAGUCGGGGGAGGAAGGAGUCGAGCAGCAAACAGAGUCUGUAGAGGAGGACAAGGCUGCCGACAGCGGGGAGCAGAGAGUGUCCGAGGAGGACAGUGGAGAAGAGAAAAAGGAAGAUUCGGGGGAAAAGGAGGAGGAGGAGGGGGAUAAAACCGUGGAAGAAGAGAAGGAGGCGGUAGUUGUAGUCGAGGAGGAACCUGAGCCGGCAGCCGAGGCAGUUAGUAAGGAAGAGGAGGAAGCAAAGGAGGGUGAAAAGAGUGAAAAGAGCGCCGAGGCGGAGGAGGAGGAGGUGGUGAAGAAAGAAGAGGCCGGGGAGUCUUUGGAGGUCGAGGCUGGAAAAUCAGGGGAAGGUGAUGAAGGGGAGAGCCAAGAGGAAGCCUCGGGAGACGCUGGAAGUGGGGAAGUGGAGGCGGAGGGAGAUGGAGUCGAGGAGGAGUCGAGGCCGGAGGAGGAAGAGCUGAUCAUGGAGAUCGAGAUCCCGGAGAUACUCAGGCCCAGGGAUCACGUAAACCAGUUGCUCAAGUUGGACGAGGAAAACGAGGAUAAGGAGAGGGCCGUCGAGAGGGUGGCCGAUGUUAUCCUAAGAGACCUCAAGAGGCUCUACGACAAUGCCAUCAAGCCCCUGGAGACUCUUUACAAGUACCGAGAUCUGAGCAAUCGUCACUUUGGAGAUCCAGAAAUUUUUUCAAAACCCUUGGUACUGUUCAUGGGUCCCUGGAGCGGGGGUAAAUCGUCCAUCAUCAAUUAUCUACUGGACAUGGAGUACAAAGCAACGUCGUUGAGAACGGGUGCCGAACCGUCGCCGGCUUACUUCAAUAUUUUGAUGCACGGCGAGGAGGAGGAGGUACUGGACGGAACCCAGUUGGCCGCCGACUGGACGUUUUCGGGACUCCAAAAGUUUGGUCAGGGAUUGCUCGAUCGUCUGAAAGGGUACAAGCUAAAGAACAAGCUGCUCGAAAAGGUAAACAUCGUCGAGAUCCCCGGAAUCUUGGAGAUCCGAAAACAGGUGCAGAGGCUGUUUCCGUUCAAUGAUGCAUGCCAGUGGUUCAUCGACAGGGCGGACAUUAUUUUCCUGGUCUACGACCCGUCCAAGCUCGACGUUGGACCUGAAACCGAAGCCAUUCUCGACCAGCUCAAGGGACGCGAAUACCAGACGAGGAUCAUACUGAACAAGGCGGAUCAGGUGAAACCAGAGGAGCUGAUGCGAGUGCAGGGCGCCUUAAUCUGGAACAUUUCGCCGCUCAUGUCGAGCGCUGAGCCGCCGAUAAUGUACUCCGCGUCCCUGUGGUCGAUACCCUACGAGGCUGGCGCCCCCACGAGGCUGCUCUACGCCCAGGAACGCGCCUUCCUCCGCGACUUACGCACCGCCAUCGACAAACGGGUCGAGCACAAGAUCGCCAGCGCCAGGAGAUUCGCUGUUCGAGUGCGCAACCACGCAAAGAUGGUGGACUGUUACCUAACGACCUACUACAACCAGAAGAGCUUCUUUGCGAAGAAAAAGGACACGAGCGAUCGGAUAAUCGAGAGCCCGCAAGACUACCACAUCUACGAGGGCCUGAGCACCCUGACCAACAUAUCGCGCUACGACCUGCCCGACCCGGACGUCUACCGCGACUUUUUCCGGCUGAACUCCCUCUACGAGUUCCCCCUGCUCAGCUCGACCUGCACCUACUUCCGGGGCUGUCCCAUCAAUAGGCUCGACGUCGCCAUAGCCUACGACCUGCCCGAGCUCGUCGGCAAGUACAAGAGAGCCACCGUCCAACAGGACGACUCGACGUCACUCCUCUCUUCACCACCCGCUCCUCUUCCCGCGUCGCCCAAGCCCGAAACUCCUGAUGCUGCCAACCAGAAAAAGCAGCCCGCAAGGAGUGGUGCUUCGAGGCUCUCGUUCAGUUGAGGUGGUCCCGGUUGAUGAUGCGCCGUGCCGGUACCUCUUGGAGACUUUUCAUUACAAGCUCUUGCGUGCCUUUUUUUCUUCUUUCUACCCUUUUCUCUAUAGGCUUCAGUUGACGAUUUUUCAGAUCUAGGAUGUUUCCAAAAUCGAUUAUUCCACGAAAAUUUUGCAAAACUCCACGAUUUGUCGGCACCGCUUCUCUUCGCUGGAGACGAUUUAAGUACAAUUGUGAGCUGACAACAUGUACACGCAUACUCGUACUUCGGAUCAAGAUGCUGAUGGUGCCUACUCGCACAUCAGCUGGUCUGCCGAAUAUCGAGUUUCUUUUUUUUCUUUUUCCUUUUUUUUUUCAACUAUAAAAUAAAAUUGAGAACAUGACUACAGAAGACCAAAGAUUCCUUCUCAGUCCUCAUACGGGCAGGUUGAGAAGGACAAAGGAAAGGCAUGAUCAAAGCCUGUCAAAUUGUUACUACACCAAGAGGGAAAUAGUUUAGUAUUGUGCAAUUCAAUGUAUGAUUACACCUUGAACUAUUAUACCUAUUUUGUCGAACAUGAAUUUAUUUCUCUCCUCUCUUUGAACAUUAUUUUCUUCUCCUUUUUUUUAUGUAGUUACCAAUUUAACAUACGUCAUGGAAGAUGAUUUCAAUGACCGUUUUCUUAUUUGAUGAUUAAAGAACACCAAAACGAAAGUUUGGCAUCAAGUAUAUGCAGCUUAAAAAAUACUUUUAACGUGACACGUCGCACAAAAUGUGAUGUAUCAAGUAAAAUUUUCUGUUGUUAAGUUUUACCGUGACAAUAACGACAACAAUACAUAUUAUGAUUUUCGUCAAAAAAAAUAAAAUAAAUAAAUAAAAUAAAAUACAUAAAUAAAAAAAAUGUAAAAAUAUGCAAGUCUGUGAGAGCAAGUAUGAGCGGCCAAAAAAACUAGACGUUUAUUUUUUCCUUGUCUUUCAUCACAAGCAAAAAAAGUUAACAAACUGUGCUCUUAAUAAUUGAGCAAAGAUGAACAAUAAUAUUAUGUUUACAAUUCAACUGUCUCUUAAAAAUUUGCAAAUGCUGUACAUAAGUUUACAGCCGCCGACAGAGAUAUUGUGCACCUUCUGUUGAUAUACUUCUGAUUUAAUGUAACUAUUGUUAUUCUUAUCAUGAUUAUUCUCAUUAUUAUUUAAUAUGUCGAGUAUUGAGGAACAAUGGCGAGUUGUGGCUAGAUUAUUGAAAACCUAAAGUUUUUGAACGUUGUGUUGUUGUUUCAUUGUUGAAAUGUGAGGACACGCUUUUUGGUAGAAUAAAAAUAUUUUUUUUUUUCAAAAUAAUCAAUUUACUUAUUUUUUAAAUAUUUCAACUCGGCAAAGUUCCUUUUCUAUUGAGAUUAUUCAUAUCAUACUUGUAAUGAUAUUAGGAUUAAUAGAUAUCAAUAUUAAAGUAAUAUAUUAGUAGCUUUAGGAUCGAGCAUGAUUUUAAUUUUUUUUUUAACUUACGCGUUUCUGAACGUACUGCCUAAAUAUAUGUGCAUCAUCGACUCUUGUAUUGCCAAUUUCGCGUAUAUCAAAGUUUUGAAAAAGUUUUAAAAAAUUUCGAACAAUAAUAAUUUUUAUUUAAACGAUAAUGAAAAAUGUUUUAUGCAAAAGUGUUCAAAGCAUAAAUUACAAUGUGGUAGAGCGCUAUUUUGAUGGUUCAAUGUUUUGCGUUAGGUUAUUCGCGACAUAAUUUAAUUUAAAAAAAAGUCAAUAAAAAUUUAAAAAUUCCCUA